GGGGAGGGUCGAAAGCAGCACAGAUGGUUCAUAAGGGAAUAAUUCAGGGUGGAGGAGGAAACUGAAGAAAAAGAAAACCACAAAAAGAAGUUCACAUACAGCUCAUCAGACCGAACCACACACUAGAAGAAGGUGGUGAUCAUAGAGUAUCACAACUUGAACAGGCAGCUGUGCCUUUCCUUGCUUAGACAGGAACAGUCACUUCCUAAUGUCCUGAGCUGUCUAAGGAAGCAUUUCCUGUUCAGGAGGAGGAGGAGAUUGUGGAUGCAGUCACACAACUUGUUGCAAGACAGUUCAGAGAAAGUUGCUGUUCCCUUCAGUCUCUCUCGUGGACAUUUCCUCACAUGUGUCUGAGGCCCGACUCAAUGAGAAUGGCAUCUAACGCAACUGAAUCCAUAAAGGCAGAGCUCGAAAAUGUGGGUACAAUCCAAACCACAGAGGGAACCAUUAGUGAAGACUCGGACGGCGUCUACUUCAAAGUCAUAAUUGGUGCCGUCAUUGCUGCCAUAGUCCUGGUCUUCAUCUGCGUGCUCUUGGUGCUCCUUCGCUACAUGUACCAACACAAGGGCACCUACCACACCAACGAGGCCAAGGGGAGUGAGUUCGCCGAGACCGCAGAUACAGCCCUCCAGGGAGAUCCGGCUCUUCAAGAUGCCGUUGACGAGAGCAAGAAGGAGUAUUUCAUAUGAGUCCUGGAGAGACUAAGUUCCAAAGCCAUGGCUUAAAUCGGUUUGCAACCUGAACAAAUUUUACAGCCUCCAAUGUGAUCAAAGUUUAGUCACAUGGUUAAGUUCACUGCCAAAGCUUAUACACUCUCUUAUAUUCAUUAUUAUGGAACAAACAGAAAUUUACACACACACACACACACACACAGAACUGUAAAUAUUUUGCCUAGCAGACCAGAUUUGGAGGAAUGGGUCACCCAAGGGUGUCAAACUGAAACUGCACAUGUUUUGGUUGAGAAAAGAGAAGAGCAAUCAUGUGCAUUUGACACGAAUGAAGGCAAACAUGGAAUAUGAAAUGACAAAUAGCAAAAGAGAGAAAAAGGGCAGGAAGUGACUGACUUUAAUGCUGUGGAGGUGUUAUCUAUCUUUUGCAUGCAAAUAAGAUGAAAUCUUCCGAUGUGUCUGUGUUUAUUGCUGACAAUCAGUGGUGUUGUUUAACUAUGUACUGGAUCGGAGACAAGACGGCAUGCAUUCACUAAGAAACCAGACACAGUGUACAAAUUACUGUUUGUUUGUUUAAAAUUUUGUACACCAGUAUACUGGAUUUUGAAAUGAAAUAAUGACUUUGAAGUUAAACACACCAAUUUUAAAUGUAAUUUCAUAUUUAUGAUCCAUCCUUUUCAGUAAACAUAAUUGAGCCAAUUAACAUAAUUGUAACUUCAGCUAUCACAGUAGCAUAGCGUCUCAAGAUGUUUAUCAAGGUAAAUUAAGGCUGACUUGCUUUUCAUACACUACCGUUCAAAAGUUUGGGGUCACCCAGACAAUUUUGUGUUUUCCAUGAAAAGUCACACUUUUAUUUACCGCCAUAAGUUGUAAAAUGAAUAGAAAAUAUAGUCAAGACAUUUUUCUGGCCAUUUUGAGCAUUUAAUCGACCCCACAAAUGUGAUGCUCCAGAAACUCAAUCUGCUCAAAGGAAGGUCAGUUUUAUAGCUUCUCUAAAGAGCUCAACUGUUUUCAGCUGUGCUAACAUGAUUGUACAAGGGUUUUCUAAUCAUCCAUUAGCCUUCUGAGGCAAUGAGCAAACACAUUGUACCAUUAGAACACUGGAGUGAGAGUUGCUGGAAAUGGGCCUCUAUACACCUAUGGAGAUAUUGCACCAAAAACCAGACAUUUGCAGCUAGAAUAGUCAUUUACCACAUUAGCAAUGUAUAGAGUGGAUUUCUGAUUAGUUUAAAGUGAUCUUCAUUGAAAAGAACAGUGCUUUUCUUUCAAAAAUAAGGACAUUUCAAAGUGACCCCAAACUUUUGAAUGGUAGUGUAUUUUUGCCAUUAAAGGAGAACUGAAGGCAACAUUUUUUUUAAUCAAAAUUCUAUUUCUCAUUUUAUUAAAUAUCGGAAUGCAUUUCUGACCGCUAUUUUGUCAGUUAUAGCAAGUUAUGAGUGUUUGAAAUAUGCUCUGUAAUAUAUCAGUCCAUAUGUCAAAGCAAUGGCUGUAAAUGAGAUUCUUUGAGACCUGUUCGAGACAUCAUAGGACAGAAGUAAAAUGUACAGCAGAAAUCAAAGUGACCGACAUCUGCCAACGUUGUGAAAAGACACACGCACCCUCUUUCGAAUGCUGACGUAAUCAAGCCAGAAGUUUUUUGUUUUGAUAGCAAUCAGGAAAGUUUGAAAAAAGUAGGCAGUAAUCAUCAUUUAAACUAAUUUUUACGCAAUAUUUCGCUUGGAAAACACUUUUCAACAUGGCGGCGCUGACACGUCAUGUUUCGAAGUCUCGCACAAGUCUCGUGAAGAUCGUGCGGAUAAGCGACGCCUGCCGUGAACCAAACGAACUAAAUUCAACAUGGCUAAAAACCGAAUAGGCCAGUAAGUAUAAUAUUUAAUUGCAGUUAGUUGCCAAUACGAGUCACGAUAUAAGGUUACUAAAACCGAAAACGUCAUUGAAGAACACGUUAAUUAAGAAAUAAAGCAAGUUUAAAAAUGACUGACUUCAGUUCCCCUUUAACUCCCUGAAAUCUGCAAUGGUGAGACAGGACCUUUAUAUACUCCUUUCCUCUGGGUAUAAGCAUUGCCCAGGCUUGAAAUGUAGCUAUAUUUUGAUUACAGCCCGAAAUGCAUGCUCGGUGAGCCCUGAAAAAGUUAAGUGAACACCAUUUACUGAACGUCGAAGCAUUUUGGUUGGAUCUGGGCAGUUAUGAUGCUUCAGUUCACUUCAAAAUUCAUCCUGCUGCUGUUGUCACUCAUCACAUCAAUAAAGUAAAGUGAGGCGGCUCGUCUGGCAACCAAAGCUGUCCGAGCCCAACCAUGACACCACCUUGGGCAUGUUUUACAGAUGAGGCGGUGUGCUUUGGAUCAUAAAGUGUCUUUUCCUUCACCCUUUCCUCAUUCCGUCACUGCUGCAGAUUCCUUUUCAUCUCCAAUGGCCAUAAGUCUCUGUCCUAUAGUACAGUAAUACUCUACAGCUAAAGCUCACCACCUGAAUUUUAACUUCAUAGUUUUUGUUACGUUUCAAAUCUAGUGUGCUGGAUAGCAGAGUAUCUCUCUCACACAUGCACGCACGCUAAUUAUAUUUACAUUUACAGCAUGUGAAAGCCUUAAUAACAUGGGUUCAGUAUUUACGAGUUAUUUUAGACUCUUGAACACGUUCAUGUAUAACUGUUCAAUCAAACUGCAAUAUAGAACAUGAAGAAAACCUGUGAUGUGAUUUAGAAAAGCUCAUAAGUGAUAACGGGAUGAUAUAUGGUGUCUAGUUUCUGCUUUAACCCCUUAAGCUCCCUGGAGCUUAAGGGUCUGUGGGUCCCGACAUGCUGCUUACUCUUAUACCUUCAUACCUGUUCCAUUAGUUUCACUGUACUUACUGAAUCAUUUAAAGUAGCUACUGAAUAAUGUGCUUUAAUAAGCCAGCUUUUAUAAAUGGCAAGAUUUUUAUUAAACAAGCUCUUGGCAAAUCUUUUCUUGUGGGCAAAAAGAAAAGGUACACA